AUGGGGAGGUGGACGAGCCGCCGAUCUCGAAGCGAUCUCCGCCCCUUUCCUCGUACUCGCCUCCUCUCACGGCGAACUCCAUUCUCCGUGAACGGCGACUCCGCUUCCCAGCUCGAUUACGAUCCUUCGACAGAGUUACUAGGGCUCGAUGUGGAUCCCAACUUAAGGAAUCCAAAUCCUGUUGCGGCGAAACUAAGAUCCUGGUUUGGUCCAAAUGGGCAAUACAUUAGAGAAUUGCCUUGCCCUAGUUGUAGAGGCAGAGGAUAUACACCUUGUACUGAAUGCGGAAUAGAGAGAUUAAGAUCCGACUGUGCCCAGUGCAAUGGGAAGGGCAUUAGAACUUGUUGGCAAUGUUUAGGAGAUUGUGUCAUAUGGGAAGAAUCUAUUGAUGAACGGCCAUGGGAGAAAGCUCGAUCUAGCUCACCGCUAAAAGUUAAGGAAGAUGAUGAAGUUGAUAAACUAGACAUAAAGGUUGAUAUUUCGAGAAGAUCAAAGCGUGUCUACCAGUCACCAUCUCCUGAAGUUAGCUUAAAGAUUAGCAGAUCAUUGAGAAGUCUCAAUGCUAAAACAGGAUUGUUUAGUAAGCGCAUGAAGAUUAUUCACCGGGAUCCUGUUCUGCAUGCGCAAAGGGUAGCCGCAAUUAAGAAAGCAAAAGGUACAGCUGCUGCAAGAAAGCGGGCUUCUGAAACAUUGAAAGCAUAUUUCAGUAAUCCAGAGAAUCGUCUUAAGAGAAGCAUAGCCAUGAAAGGAGUGAAGUUCUACUGCAGCAUGUGUGGGCAAGAAGGACAUAGGAGACACUAUUGCCCAACCCUGAGACAGACUUCAGGUGAGAUGCGUUUCAAAUGCCGGCUAUGUGGGGAACGAGGUCACAACCGUCGGACCUGUGGAAAGUUAAAAUCAGAGGGAGAAAGAAAGAAGAAUCCAAAGAGCUCUCGGCAUUGCACACUUUGUGGACAAAUUGGGCAUAAUUGCCGCACAUGUUCGAAACUCAUCCAGCCAGGAGGGAGUGCUGGUUCAAAUACUCAAAAGGGACAAUUUAUUAUCACUUCGAAACGAACUUAUUCGUGCAGUUAUUGCUUUGUAAAGGGACACAAUAGAAGGGCAUGUCCUAAAAGGGAGGUUAAUACACGGGCUGUUAAAGAGAGAAUACCAGUAACUUAAGCAAUUAAGAAUGGCUAUCAGAUUUUAGUGCUCACAAACUGUGAGAACAUUGACAUUGUACUAACAGAAACUUAGUAUGUUAUGCUUUUUUAUUUUAUUUUAUUUUUGCACGGUGGCUCAAA